UAGUGUACUGUAUUCUUUGUGAAUGCAACGGACGUAUGGGUCUACGCUAGGUAUUUCCACACUGAUAAAAACAUUUAGUAAAUCAUACAUGCAAUGGAGUUUCAAGAACCGCCAGUUGAAGACAAUGAAGUCGUAUUGGAAGUCGUCCCCUUGGCUAUCAUACCUCAGGGCCAAAGCAAAGUGAAGCUCACGAAGAAGGACCCGUGGUCGCUGACUGAUUACAAAGACAAAUCAACACCAUGGAAUGAAUUGACCAAUACUGGGAAGGUGAAGCGUGUAUUAUUAUGGUUGCUAAAGCCCGUAGCUGUUGCCGUUCUCCUGUACGUCUUCAUUUGUUCCCUCAGCAUCAUGGGGGAUGCCUUCAAACUUCUAGGUGGAAAAACCGCCGGGAAAGCUCUCAGUGAAAACGAGCUUCUCAAUAAUCCAGUUUGCGGCCUCAUGGUCGGUAUACUGGUAACAGUGUUGGUACAGAGUUCCAGUACAUCGACAUCAGUUGUGGUUACCAUGGUAGCAGCUGGCCUAUUGAAUGUUCAGCCAGCAAUUUACAUUGUUAUGGGAGCGAACAUCGGGACCUCCGUUACCAACACCAUUGUUUCGAUGGCCCAGUCGAAAGAGCGCGACGAGUUCCGCCGUGCGUUCGGUGGGGCGACCGUCCAUGAUAUGUUCAACUGGUUAGCCGUAAUUAUUUUCCUCCCGUUAGAGGCGUUAACACAUUUUCUUUACUACUUUUCUGAUUGGAUUGUGGGUAGCUUCAAUAUACAAAUUAACGAAAAUGCCGAGGUUGAGCUACUGAAAGUGUUGACGAAACCACUGACAAAAAAAAUUAUUCAGAUAAACAAGCACGUAAUCUCUGACUUAGCUCAGGGCAACGAAGAUGCCGCCUCCGAGAGCAUGAUCAAAUCGAUGUGUGACAAAAAAGAAAUGUUGGCUCCAACGAUGGUGACGUCACUACAAAACGUCACAGUUCUGGCUGAAGAUGACACUUUAGACACGAUAAUGAAAAACAUUACAAAUGCAGUCAAUGUUACUGUAGAAGGCGAUGGUGUACGAUGUGCUCAUUUGUUUGCGGGAACUGGUCUUUCUGAUUCUUCAGUGGGUGCCAUUUUGCUGGUUGUCUCUCUAUUGUUACUAUGCGCGUGCUUGAUAUCACUGGUAAAGGUUCUUCAGUCGAUGAUGAUGGGGAAAAUGGCCGAAAUGAUCAGGAAAAAUAUUAAUGCUGACUUUCCAAAACCAUUCUCCUUCCUUACCGGAUACGUUGCCAUAGUCGUCGGUGCUGGGAUGACGUUCCUCGUUCAAAGCAGUUCGGUCUUCACCUCGACAAUCACACCACUCGUCGGCAUGGGGUUAAUUUCUCUCGAUAGGAUGUACCCUCUGACGCUAGGUUCUAAUAUAGGUACGACAGCUACUGGUAUUCUGGCCGCUCUCUCUAGCGGUAGUGAUAAAUUUGAGAGCGCGCUACAGAUCGCCAUCUGUCAUUUGUUGUUUAAUAUAUGUGGCAUUCUCGUCUGGUACCCCGUCCCAUUUAUGAGACGAACCCCUAUCAAAUUAGCUAAAGGCCUAGGUAAUACCACUGCCAAGUACCGGUGGUUUGCAAUUUUCUAUUUGUUGUUAAUGUUCUUCGUCUUACCCGGUAUCGUGUUCGGGUUGUCAUUCGCGGGGGUAUGGUAUCUUGCCGGGUUUGGUAUUCCAUUUGUAAUAAUAGUUUUUGCAGUGACCUUGAUUAAUAUUCUUCAAACGAAGAAACCUAGUGUCUUACCAAAAAUACUACAAAACUGGGACUUUUUACCGAAAUGUAUGCGUUCUUUGAAACCAAUAGAUGACGUGAUUACCAAGUUGCUGUCUGUGUUUAGACGUUGCUGUCCAUUCGUAUUUAAACCUAAAAACCCUACACCGUCCAUUAGGCCUGUAAGACCCGUCGACUCAGGCAAUACCACAGUCGUGGCAAUGACUGGUACACAAGAAGUACAUGUAUAAAAAAUUGAAUGUAUUUAGGGCAUAAUUUUAUGCCAAAGGAAAGUACUUAAAAUCGUUUAAUAUUAAUGUUAAUUUAAUAUUAUUUUAAUGUAAUAAUAAUUUAAAUUUGAUAACAAUUAAAAUGUAUAGCUAAUAACGAGGAAAUCGUAAUUUCAGGCCCUAUGCCACUUUGCCAAAAUUACAACUCUCUUACAAGCCAAGAAAUUCAAUUUUCAGUCAAUACACCCAAGCUAAUUGGCCAGUAAAUUGCAUACCCGCCCUACAGUUUGUUGUAAUUUAAAUAAGAACACAACAUAAAUUAUGCUACUUCGCCGGUGCUAAACGAAUAAUUAAUUGUAUACUAAGUAAAAUUAGGCCUAUGCUUAAUGCAUUUUGUCAUUUUUAUUUUUAAUUAUUUCUUCGAAAGCAAUAAAUAUGACGGUACUAACUUAUAAACAUUGUUGUCGCUAGAAGAGCACAAGAAGGCUCGAAGUACUCGAUCAAAUAAGUUUUAUGUCUAUUAAGUCGGUUUUCCACUAGGCGAAUUUGUUCGCGCGAAUCGCAAGCGUCGGUUCAUGCGCAUGUGCAUUCACAUUUAUAUCGGGUUUUUGCGCGCGAAGUGAAAAAAUGCGCAACCAAUCAGAGCUCAGGAAGCGAAACGACGCUUUGAUUAGCGCGAAUAAAUUCGCCUAGUGGAAAAUCGGUUAAUGUUAUUUUAUAGGCAUACUGUACUAACUUGUAUUAUUAUCGUACUUUAUCGUACUCACGAAAUACGUGGACCAAACUUUCAAUACAUAGAUGGGUGCGGAAGCUGUGAUCGUCUGCUGUCUAUACAGAUGGUUUGACAAACUUUUUGGAUUCGGAUUGGAGGCAAUUGAUUUCACAAUUUUUUCGUUAUGCAAUGUUAAGACUGUUUUCCACUUGGCGAAUGUAUUCGCGCGAAUGGAAUGCGGCGGAUCAUGCACAUGCGCGUUCACAUUUCUAUCGGAGUUUUUGCUAGCGAAAAAAUGCGCAACCAAUCAGAACUCAGGAAACGAACUGACGCUUUGAUUCGCCUAGUGGAAAACCAGCUUUAAGAUAACAUUAUUAUUCGACGCACACACGUAAAACAGACUUAAUGUGACGCUCUCUUUUUAAGCAUCGUAAAUGACAACGGUAUCUUGGAAGAGAUGCGUUUUAAUAUAGGAAAAGUUAGAUGUAAACCAUCUUGCAAAAAUGUUUCAUGAAUAUACAUAUUAUGUAAACUGUAGUCGGUAAUAGUGUGAAAAAUAACCCCAACAGGAACCGCUGCUUAUGUAUAAACUAGUAUUUAUUUUACCUUAUAUAUCUGUAUAUAUUUUGUAGUAUAUUCUAUACAAUAGCCGGCUUCCUAUAUUAAAAAAUAUAUAUAUAAAUUAGAACAAAACAAAAACUUCAAAGAAAGAAAGCAAUAAAAAAUAAAUAAAUAAACAAAACAAAAAACAAAAAUUAAACAAAGCAAAGCAAAACAAACAUAAUGCACUGCUGGGUAUCACGUCGGAUAUUACCAAUCAGUACUAAGGAUAUACUCCCCUCCUCGUUGUUUUGAAAUGUACAAAAGUCUCUUGGACUGUGUAUUUGUUAACUUCGGCUCAUUUGGCUACGAUAAUUAUUUAUUAAUUUUGAUUGCUUAUUAUGGAUUGCACUAACAUGAUUUAUUAAGGCCUCAUUGAGGAAUGGUAUUGCUUGAAUAUGUUUUUAUGUUUUAUUUAUGUUAAUAUACUUUUAAUUUUAUUUGAAUAAGUGUGUAUAAGUCAGAAAAUAUGUUAUGUUAUUUUAUUUUACGAUUAGAUAAAAAAUGAUUACUAUCUGUUGAAUGGUAUACAGUAAGUAAUGCAUUUUUAAAGAAUUGGUCCUAAUUGCAUAGUGACAAGCAGCCAUGAUGACGUAAUUAUAACGUAUAUUUAGAUUACAUGUCUGUAUGUACGGUACUCAGUUGUAAUAGUUGUAAUAAUACUAUGUAAUAUUCGGUCUUACAGAGCAUGCUAUACUUUACUCAGUUGAAAAGAUUCGUUCUUAAAGUGUAUACGUAAUCAUUGCAAACCUUGACACUUCAGAUUUUGCGUCCUUGUUUGUUGACACGUGUCGAACCCCAAUGCAUUGAAACCCCUAUAUUUUGUUAAGCCCAUGAUAUUUCAUUUGAAAAAGUUGCUAUAUUUUGAGUGUUCCCCCAUUGGUAGUAAACAUAAAUGUUUAUUUUAUUUAUUAUACUGUAUAUCUCAAAAAAGGUUCUACAUUCUGUCAUUGUUUAUACUCCGCUUCAACAGUACUUAGUCAUAAUAUAAUACGCUACAAUUAUUACAAACCAGCCUUACUGCCUUCAUUUACUCUGCACAAUACUGCAUUUUACUUGCCAUUUUAACUAUUUAUUCUUACAUCAACGUCAAAUAAUUGUAAAAUUUAAGUUCCAUGUAUUUUCGUGUGUUAUUGAUUUUAUAGAAUAUCAAAGGAUUUCUUAAUAUUUCUGUUCUAUUGAACUAUUUUGACUUAUAUUAAGUCAUUAACUUAGGCCUAUAAAGGGACUACGUAAUAAGUGCUGAGGUAUACGUCAAAAGUAAUGUUGUUUUGCUUUUAGAUGUGUCACAUUUUGUAAUUGAUGUGUUUUUGAGGAGGUAGGCCUAAAAAGGUGGUAGUCUUAGAGAAGCUGUACAGUGAGGGAGCAAGGAGAGAUUUAGAAGUAAAGCGUUUGUGUUGCCAUCUUACUUAACUAUUUCACCUAUUGUUCCUAUUUUAAAUCUGUACUGUUGUUUCUUCCUUAGCCUAAGAUACCGUACCGAAAAACCUUUGUCCACUUUAUUUGACAAAACUGUUGUCUAUUUCAUGAUCUGAUGUCAUCAUAUUUAGGCAUGUCACUUGUUAUUGUCAAAAUACAAUUUGGUGACCUAGACAGGGCUUUGAUGUGCGUGUUAUACGUUUGGCUACAGCUAAUUGCAAUAAAUUUAACGUGUCCGUAGGCCCUCGUUUAUGCCUUGAACUACCAUAACACGGGUAUUUUUUAAGGGAAUUAAUUGUUUUUAAUUUUAGCAACGAAACUAUUGCCAAAUUUAGGUUGUCCAUAAAUUCUGUAAAGUUAUUAUAAGAACAGUUUUCUUUUAUAAAGAAAUGUUUUUUCUUAUAAUAACUCUAUAACAAAAAUUUACACACAACAAAUGAAAAUCAUAUAGAAUAUCUCAUCCGUACAUAGAAAGUAGAAUAAAUUGUAUAGAAUAUUUACAAAAAAUAAGUUAUUGUGUUUGACAUAAACAUUUUAUUUUAAGAGGUGUGUUUUUGUGACAUGUUGAGAGUUAGUAUUUUUUUUCUGCGUCAAAAUGAUAGUGUUUAUUUUUUAAUCAAACAACGCAAACGUCCCGCAUUCGGAAUGUGUACAAUAAAAAUAAAGAAAAUGUGAUAGUA